AUGUCAAGCGGUGAACAACAAUUUCGCGAAUCACUGCGUUCUUUUCGUUGGGCUUCUAGCUCUAACAACGCUAAUAUUUCCACCAGUAAGCCUACAUCUUUUUCUCAAUUUGCUGAAAACACAACAAAUUUUUUUGGAAGCAUUGGCAAUAGGGUGCAAGGAUAUCUACCCUUGACAAACAACAACAAUGAAGAAGACGACUGUUUCACACUAACCAGAUGGCAGCGACUUGCCGGUUUCGGAAUAUUGUUUGCUUCCGGAGCACUUUGCUUUCUUAUUGCUUUUGUGUCCUUGCCACUUUUACCCAUAAACCCGCGAAAAUUUGCGGUUACCUAUACGAUGGGCAGUCUUUUAAUUAUAUCAAGUUUUGCUUUACUUCAUGGUCCACUAGCACACCUUCGACAUAUUUUUUCUCGAGAACGUUUACCUUUCACUGUCGCUUACCUUGGCUCGAUGGCCGCGACUCUAUAUUUUGCGAUUGGGUUACGAUGGACUAUUCUCACCAUUAUAUUUAGUAUCAUUCAAGUAAUUGCUCUCAUAUGGUAUACUAUUUCAUAUUUGCCCGGGGGGACUAGUACUUUACAGUUUGGUUCCCGUAUGUUUGCUAGGCAAGCCUCUGACAUGUUUGCUGUUUGA